CCUCACCUCAUGCCAACCACUCUCACAGCCUAUCUCCCCAAAAUUCUUCCCCCCCAAAAAAAAAAAUACUCCCUACAUACUCCCCACAAGCACCUCUACCAAACAUGCUCAUACCCGCUCCCGCCACCUCCAGGAAAUUAGGUACCAUUCCAAAACCGAACAACGCUUCCCGCCCACCUUCUUUCCCCUCCCAACCUAACUCCCGCCCUACGUAUGAAAAAGCGAAAGAAGAACCCUACAUGUGAAACCGCGCCUCCGGACAAUCAGUCGUCUUUUCCCCAAUGCCCGUCCCGCACCGUACCGCCGCCGCAAGCCACUCCAACUUCUACGCAUGAAUUCAAUAUCUGAACUCUUACCAGCCUGCUCUCAAUACUAGGUCUUGUCAAAUCCAGCCCACCACCAUCGGGAUUCAAAAGCUAGUAAUAUACCCGAAUCUCAUGCAUUGCAUGCCCCCGUGCCAGACCCAAACAUAAGUCCUAUUCAUCCUUCCUUCAUCAUGUGCUCAAAAUUCCUCCCUCCCUCUCUCUCCUCUCCAACUUCUUAAUUGUGUGUGUGUAAAGAGCGGUAUAUAACCUUUAUUCCAUUUUAUAUUCAUAUAUAACAAAAAUAAAAGAAACCUAACCUUAAUGUAAGAAACUUCUUGCUUCAUGGUAUGGACAACCUUCGCACCCAACAGGAACAUAAAAACAAUAUAUCAUCAAGAAGUAAAAGAGAGAACCACCACCACACACACGCGCUUUAUCUCUUUCAAACCUUGAAACCACCAAACAGUUCCAAAACAUCAUCAACAACAUCUCUCCAUCCCGCCAUAUGAAUAUCAUGGACAAAAAAACCAACGUCAAAUAAAAAAAAUCACCCGAACCCGAACCGAACUUGACCGAGUAAUACAUCCUCGCAUGGACUCCCCAGUCGUCAUCCUCCCGACGCCCGUCCGCCUAGGUAGUUCGCCCGCAUCUGCAGGUCUCGCAUCCACCACUGCGCGGCACUCAAGUCCCCAAACCUAAACGCCACCCGGGAUUCUGGCGCUGCCCGUACACGCAGGUAGCCGCCCUCCUGUUCCCUGUUUUUCAUGGGUGACUCCCCGCAGGACCCGCGCCGCCCUGGUGGUAAUAAGCAGGGUUGAACGCCCCAAAAGAACUGUACUGCACCAGGUAGUUCCAGUCCAUCUGCCCAAAGUCCAUUUCUUCCAUCCCACCUGGCCCUCCUCCUCCCCCAGAUCCGCCAACUUGUCCACCUCCCGGUCCAGGUCCACUGGCACUGUUGAACAAGGGGUUCAGGCCUUCAUAUCCAUUAAACAUGACGGGCGCAUCACCCAUUGCCAUCAUCCCUGGUCCUGGUCCUCCCGGCGGUCCAACCUGCGGCCCCGCUCCGGGCACCGGCCCCGUUGUCUCGGGGGUCAACGGCAUCCCCUUUCCUGGAUACAGUCCCGGUGGCGGGUCAUUCCCACCGACGAUUGGCGGCGGCAGAGCGACAGGCGGUCCGGGCACACUAGCCUGAUGGUCACCUCCAUCCAACGGCGGCCCCGUCGGCCUCUUCAUCUUGGAGACCGUGUUCCUCAGCAGCGUCACAAUCUGGGGCGUUGGCAACACUCUCCCCAGCUGCAAUUCGGCCUGCUCUCUUGCAUCCCACGCCUUCACAAAGAAGUGUCCAAACGCAAUGUGUAACGGUGACCGGAGAUUCCUCCUAAGUAACCCCCGGCGGUCGUGAUUUUCGAUCAUAGCGUCCCACGCCCGCUCGCACAAGCUACCCGUCGUUCGCACUCUAAGCUCCGAUAUGAGAAAGAUGUAGGCGGGAAAUGGGAAAUGCUGGUAUGUAUACCACCGGAACCCUUGCAGUUCUGGAGCCCUCUGGAUCAUGUUGUCUAACUCAACCGUCCUGAUGGCUUCUAUGAAAAGCUCCUCUCGCUCGGCUGGGUUGACACUCUCGAUCCCCGAACUACGAGUCAAAAAGUCGAUGACGCGGAGCUUGGAAAGCGCCUGGCGCGUCAUAAGCAAUGUGAACGAGUGAAGAGGGAUGCGUUGGUCGCAAUGCUUCAGAUACCUGUUCUCAAUAUACAGGUGAAAACUGGCCAGGUCGUGAGGCAGCGUCUGGUUGGCCACAUGGGUGACAAGGUCCGGGGAGGAUGGAGAAGGGCUAUAUUGCACCUUCUGCGCCUUGUUGUUGACCCCGGGUCUGCCUCCGGGAGUGGAGGGCCCAGGACGCAUGUUGCCGGUCUGGCUGGAUGCUACAGUAAGCUCGAUGCGGGUGAGGCAAAAUACCAUCUCCGUCGGCCCAUGGUGCGGGGGCAGAUGGUCCUUGGCGUGGACGCUCAAGUCUGUAUCGUUGACGUUGGAGGGAAAAUUGCAGUCGCUUGCACAUGUCGACAAUGCGGUGAUGGAUGAACCAGUAAUUUCCGCCACUCGCUUGUCGAAUAUGACGAGCUGCCACCACAGGCGUCUCCGCUGUUCCGUUUCGAACGGUGUCAAGCCAAACUGAGCUCCGUCGCGGUGAAUUCCCAGCCUCGUUGCUAUUCUGACCGCCAUACCGAUCAGGCAAAACAGGGAUCGUGGGUCUACAUAUUGUCUAACACAGAGCUGGGUGAUGUCAGUACAGCGAGAUCAGCGAGACUAACUGGGAUAGGGUCAGAAACGCACCAGGUAAAGGAACAAGGCUUGGAGCACGGCCAGGUCGGUCGAGCGCAUGAAGCCAGCAUUGACAAGUGCCUGCUGGGUGGCAUGGUGGUACUUUCCCAACAAGACUGCCUUGUCCUCGCCAAAGGUACUUUGAACCUCGUCGUCAUUCAUGGAUGUGAUGGCGGCAAAGUAGAUGGCGAACAUCAAGGCCUCCAGGGGCCUCGAUAUCUUGUUGAUGGCCGUGCUGGCACUGAUGAUCUGGGCUUGGAGUGUCGGUGUGUGGUUGAUCUUGAGCAGAGGGUUGACAUUGCUGAUGUAGAUUUGCCAGAGCUGAAACAUUUGGAUGGCUGGUGGGUGGUGGCUAGUCACGCUUUGCGUUGCGCCGCCCACGACGAAGGGGAAGCCAUCGUUGUUGUCGAACAUGGCAUCGUAGGCAUGGUGAAGCGUUGGGCCCUCGUAGUCCUCAUCCGAGGAGUCAUCGUCGGCGUUGCGAUAUUGCUAGUGACAUGUCAGGCACUCCGGAGCAAUCUGAUAUAUCAGAUCAAACUAAACCGUCUGGUGGUGGCAAGCCAGGCAUGUGGGCGGCUGGCACGGCGUUUUUGGUAGGAAUGAAAGUGUGGGGGCCCAUCUGUGACAAGAGAUAUGAAAAAGACCGCAACCUACGUCUUUGUAGUAGCUGUUAUUGGGAUACCAUUUCGAUCUAAGGUCACUGCAGUGUCAGCUCGCAGCAAGACCGGGUGUUUCUCGCCUCUCUAGGGGGCAGACUGACUUGUCAUUGGCCUGAUCUGGCGAGACAUGGUCGGCGGUGCUUGAGGGCGAGGUCUUGAGUCCGCUCAGAUCCUGCUCCAGAUCGGCAACAUCGUCUCCAUUGUCCGAGGGCCUGAGGUCCUGGGCGAUGGGUUCAAAGGAGAGGCCGUGCUGGGACAUCAAGUGCUCGUAUUUCCGAAGUCUCUCGAUGAGGUCCCUCUCAUGCGGCUUCUUCUUCCUGCGUCUUGGUGGCUGUGGGGGCACGACGCGACACUCGACCUGGGCCUUGAGGCAGUUGGCGCAAGGCUUUUGCUUGUCACAUCGAACCUUGCGUUGUUGACACAGCACGCAUGAGUGACCGCGCGUCAACUUCAUCACCGACGGCUCGGAACCAGUGAUGGGGAGCCGCGAGGGCGACGGCGGCUGCUCCAGAUGCUGUUCUGUGGCCAUGGUGUGGGUAAUAUGGGCCGACCUGGUAGACGGUCGUUUCUCGAACGAUACCGGAAGCGCGGGUGAACCGCUCGGGCCCGAAGCGACGAACUGGAAUGUAGGAAGCGAUGCAGGUCUGCCGCGCUUCGCUCUGGUCCCUCCCCCCAAUGCUCGGCCAGGUUCAGCCAGCAAGAUCUGGCCAAUACCGUCGGAGCGAUGGGCAGAGCCGCAAGGUAUCCGACCGGCUGGAUGUUUGGUCUCCGUCGGCAAGGCAAGGCAGAGAGGUCAGGUAUGUGUGAUGGUAUAUGUCAAAGAUGGGCGAUCGCUGCACGAGUCGGCGCAGUCGGUGAGGAUGGGCCGAACAAUGCCUCCCUCUGCUGCCUGUCCUGCCAGGGGGGUGUCUUGACUGCCGAUGCGCGGGCAAAGUGAGGUGCGACGACCGACUACCGAUGGCCGAUGACUGGUGGUUGACGACUGGCGAAAUGGACGAUACGCAACAAGGCAACACCGGGCGACAACAAAAUGCGAGAUUGGCAGCUGUCAAUAGGCAGGUCGGACCAUUCCAGAGUGGCUGCGCCGUCCGUCCUCUUGGGAAGGCACCCAGCUCGAGGAAGCUGCGAUGAAGGGGAUUUGAUGGAUGAUGCCCUGCGGGUCUCAGACCCCCGUGUACAGGAGAACAGUGGGAAUGGAAUAUCCAAUGUAUGUAAUGUAUGUAUGUAUGUAGCAGCAGCAAAUAACAAGCAAUACCACCACGGUGGAACGAACAGAGGCACUGGGGGGGAGAGCAACUUCAGAAAAGGGGGCGGCAGCGACGACGGAGGUGAAGAUGGAACCUGAAGAAGAAACGAGGAGAUACAAUUCGAUGAAGAACUGACGCAGGGUAAGCUGCUGCCGAGCAGUUGCCCCUGCUGUCCUGGAUCUGGAUCUGGUUAAGGUAAGAAAGGAACCCGGAAGGGACGAGGCAGGCAUGCAGGCAGGCAGGCUGCUGCUGCUGCUGCCAGAUGAAGAAGAGCUCCUUCCUGCUAACCAUACCGCCAAUGCCUCCAUGGCCACCUCCGCUUAGGAAGGAGUCAAGGAGUGGAUGUGGGUGUCUUCACACACAUGUCAUCCCCCUCACCCUGAUUGGGAUGCCACUGGCGCGCUCGAGUUGCACAAGGCAGCACACAUCGUCCCAAUCAUGGGAAGGAGCAGCGGCAGAGAGAGGGGGGCGCUCUUGAAGGUUCGGGAUUUAUACGCGGCCGGCGCAUGUCAGCUGUGAAUCGCUGGGAAACAGCUGUCAGUGAGGUCUCAACAAAGAAAGGAACAUGUCUCGGGACCGAAGGGACGUGGCUCAUGCCCGGUCUGGGCGCUCUCCACCAACAGGGACUAGCUCAGCGAGAUGCCGGCGCUAGUCGCGAUUGGUCAAUGCCCACAAGGAAGGGGCCUCCACACUAAAAAGAACCGUUAGCACUAGGAGCGAUGUUGUGAAGCCGAGGUAUAUUGUACUAUGGUAGAUAGAUCGCUUACAUGACCACCGGACCCGUCUGGGGAAACUCCAGGUCCAAAUAACGACGGCCUCGCAUCACAAUAUCCAAUCGCCCAAUAUGAGCGAGACAAGAGGCCUAAACGAAACAGAGUGCUGCAACGACCGGUGCUUCAUGUCCGCUGCACCUACAUUUGACACGGCCCGGAUAGAUUGCUUAUACUUAGUUCCAACCUAAGUUCUUGUUUACCCAACCCAACUGGCGGAGUUCUGGCUUCGGGCGGACAAUGGCUGCUCUGAUCUUCUGGCAAGAGGCAGGCACCGGCCAGGUCGCAGCUUCUAUAUAACACAAGAGUCCUGCGGUAUCGGUUGCGCUGUAGUUCCAGUUCCAGGCUGUGGCUUGUCGAUGUUGCUCGUGGCCGUCACCUCGCUCAUCUUCCGUCCCGGGGGCAUAUACCCCAAUCCAGGCUGCUCGCUCGCUCUCUUCCUACCUGACGACAUCUUGUCUCUGGCCGCGCGCAGCAAUAGGCCCGAGACGCAUUCCUGUCUCGCCCACCCGCCAGAGUCUGAGUCUGAGUCUUGCAGCAGCAAUACCUACCUACCCAGGUCAGGUAUUUUAUUUUAAAGUUUGCGCAAGGUCACUCCCUUCGAACCUCGCUCCCUUGCCGCGCCCUUAUUUACAUACGCUCCCUCAAACCUCAUUUCCUCGUGGGUCCAAGUUUGUUCAAACGGUUCGGCUGGUCACGCCUCACCUCUCACACGCCUUCUUCGCCAUUUAUCUCAGCGGCCUUACGCAACUUCUGCCGUCUCCGAUCGUCUCGGAUAUCUGCCCACCAUGGCUACCGAAAAGCGAUCUCUGACUUCGCUCGGCAGCGGGAGCGGGCAGUCGGGACAGGUCACCCAGACCGACACCUCGACUCCUCAGAUGAACGACGUCGAGAAGAUUGCCCCGGCUUUAGGUCCUCCGGGAGCAGCUGUCGGGGGGGAUGAGGACCUCUACAAGCCUAAAAGUGUCAAAUUCUGGGUCACGAUCCUGUGUAACUUUCUCGCCCUCUUCUUGGUGGCCCUGGAUCGCACCAUCAUCGCCACGGCUGUCCCGAGAAUUACGGACGAGUUUAAUUCUCUGGGCGAUAUUGGUUGGUAUGGCUCCUCAUACAUGCUGACGACGGCCUGUGCCCAACUGGUUUUCGGCCGCAUUUAUAAGUUCUACGACAAGAAGUGGACUUUCUUCACAAGCAUUCUGGUUUUUGAGAUCGGCUCGGCUAUCUGCGGAUCCGCUACAAACUCGAUUGUCUUCAUCCUGGGUCGAGCCAUUGCCGGCUUGGGCGGAGCCGGCAUCUUUUCCGGCACACUUCUGGUUCUGAUCGAUAUGGUUCCACUGCAUAAGAGGCCCCAGUUCCAGGGCCUCUUUGGUAUGGUCUUUGGGUUGGCGUCUGUGAUGGGUCCUCUUGUCGGCGGUGGUUUUACCGGAGGAGCUACCUGGAGGUGGUGUUUCUACAUCAACCUCCCAAUUGGUGCCGUCGCCUCGGUAUUUCUCUGGUGGUGGUGGACUCCCAAAACGGAGGAUCAUCCGCCGGCCCCUUUCAGCCAACAUGUCAAACGCCUGGAUCCCAUUGGUAUACUGUUUCUCUUCCCGGGCAUAGUCUGUCUCUUCAUUGCCUUGCAAUGGGGUGGGUCGACCUAUGACUGGAACGACUGGCGCAUCAUUGUACUGUUUGUCUUCUUUGGACUCUGCACUAUCGCCUACACCACGGUCCAAAUCAAGCUGCCCGAGACCGCAACCAUUCCACCGAGGGUAAUUACGCAGAGGAGUGUGUUCUUUGGCACCCUCUAUACAUUCUUCCUAUCAGGAUCCAUGCUAAUGCUGGUGUACUAUGUGCCAAUCUGGUUUCAAACGGUUAAGCAAGUCGAUCCGAUAAAGUCGGGAAUCUACACUGUGCCACUGGUGCUCAGCUUGGUCUUCUCCAGCAUAGGCUCCGGGUUUGCCACCCAGGCAAUUGGCUACUAUGUGCCGUCCAUGAUCGUGGCGCCCAUUUUGAUGUCGAUCGGUGAGGGCCUUCUCAGCACCCUCACAGAGGACAGUCCUUCAUCUCACUGGAUUGCCUACCAGUUCCUGGCUGGUUUUGGCGUGGGCUUCGGCAUGCAGACUAGCGGUCUUGCUGUCCAGGCGGUGCUCUCCAAGCAAGAUAUGCCGGCGGGAAUUGCCAUCAACUUUUUCGUACAGCAGUUGGGUGGUGCCGUCUUCACCUCGGUCGGGCAAACAAUUCUCAGCAACAUUCUCGUGUCCCAGUUGCAGGAUAUCCCUGGCAUUGGCGGAUCCAGGAUCAUUGUGACCGAAGGCGCCACACAUCUCAUUGACAGAGUAGGGCCCGAGUACAGGUCUCAAGUAGUAGACGCCUACGAAUUCGCAUGCAGACACAUAUUCCUGGCAGCACUCGGAGUGGUGCUGGUCGCCUUGCUUAUGGCAUUUGGCAUGGAGUGGGUCAGCAUCAAGAAGAAGCAGGGCCCCGGAUGUCCAGAAGGCCCAGGCCAGGCAGCAGAUCGGCCAGCACAAGGAGCCAACGAGGGACCCGUCCUAUCUGCCACAGCAACAGAGAAGGGAACCGACGCUCUCAAGCGCCACAGCAAGUCAUCUUCCUUAGGACGGGAUAGCAUCUCGCAGCAGAAGCCUGACGAACCCAAGAGCGAAAAAGACACGGCAGUAAUCGAGGGGGCUGUCCCCACAACAAAAGCUGCCCUUUAAGGCUCUGAAGCUUUUCUAAUCAUGUCAAACGAACACUACGGUCUUAUAUUUUACAGGAGUUGGCAUUGGCUGCGGCGUCCGUGGCGUUUGGAAGGCUGUCUUUCUUGAGGAUUUACUUUUACGUGUACGAUGGGAAAGAUCAGGGGAGCGAUUAUACCGGAAGUACAAGGCCAUGGGGACAUACAGCCGUGGCGAAGAGGAACAAGUAAAGAUUUAAACACGGGAGAAGGUUGCAUUUUUAACCUAGAUCUGUAUGAUGACUGCUGUGGGGAUCGCAGAAAUAACGAUACCUCAUCGCUUCUCAACCACUACCUUGUUGUAGAUAGGAAGAAUAUUAAUUUACUCAGCCCUAAUAACAAACAAAUAAAAACCUUGUCCCGAUA